UUGUGGGGCAAAAGCCCGGAACGAUCCCAAAGUAAGUUUGUUCAGGUGAAUCCCACACGACCAGCCCGGCGCAACGCGGCACAGUUUAUAGCUAUAAGCAAAUUAACCAACGCCCACUGGUAUCGAACUCUCAACAAAUACAACACUUGGUCGUGGAUAAAGCAACGAGCGAAGCUCGGCGCUCAUAUGACGGAAAGACAGUCGAGCGAGGACUUGAUUUUGGAUUUACUUUGAACUCUGGGCAAAGAUGUUAUUUGAAUAAAUCAGCUCUCAUUGAAGCCGCGAUGAAGCCAAUUACGGCGGAGGAUAUUCGUUAUUGCUAGGUAACCAGAGGGUGGAGUUUUACAAGGUGGUGUUUUAUGCCCAUCCAAUAAUGUUUAUAUAGGAAGCGGACGUUCUGUUGAGCCUCUGAAAGAUGGAUACCUUGUUCUGGUUGGUGGUUGCCAGUGCUACAGUACUGACGUCACUGAGCCAGUCGACGUCAUGGGUUCACCUCUGCGACGGCCGGCGGGGGUCGUUCCCUCACCCCGACUACUGCAACCAGUACAUCGUGUGCGCCAACGCCAGGAUCUACGUCAUGAACUGCCCCGUCAGUCUCCACUUCAACGCUGCCCGGGGGUACUGUGACUACCCCAGGAACGCCCGAUGCAGGCUCAGCAGGCCAACGACAUGUCCGGAUCUGAUGGUCUGUCCAAACCACGUGAUGUACUUCGAGUUCCCUGAUUGGUCCAACUGUUCGAGUUUCUACGUGUGCGCAGAAGGCCAAUUGGCGAAGAGAUCCUGUCCGGGGGGUCUUUUCUAUGACUUCAUCAACUGGAAAUGCACGUACGAGAACGAGGCCACAUGCUUCCAGCCCACCAGUUAGACGCCUGCGUUAUAUCAGAAGUUAUAGGAUCGGCUGUAUAAUGUGAACUAUUCAAAUGCUGCUUGGGAGCUUCUAGUGCGUUUGUUUACUGACUUGAAAUGGACUUAAAUAGAAAUAUAAAACGGAUUUAGUUGAAAUGAUUUUCGAAACGUAUUGGUGGUCGGGCAAGCAUAUUUAAUUACUCCCCUUUGCCAUUGACCUACUGAUUUGAAUUCGUUACUAAAAUUUAGAAAACUUAGACGGGAAGAAUCAUAUUUUUUAAUUCCGUUAACCAAGUGAUACCACGACGGGGAAUCCCCUAACAGCUACUUGUGAUUGUGACGAUCUUAUCGAUACCAUCUGUUGUAUUUUUCAAACUGAAAAUAAACCUACAGAAAAUA